CCCAGUUGAGAAAAAUAGACAAAAAGAGCUCGCCAUUGAUGCUUGAUGCAAUGUGUUCGCACCAUGUUUGUUUCCCGGAUCCUUCAUCCAAAGCCACACAUAUUUCCCCAACAAGACCCAUCAGAUGACACGGUCUGACUGACUGAACGGUUUGGAUUUUGAUACUGAAACAGUCAGCUGUUUCCAAGGUCACUUAACUUCUUUCAACCUGUAAUUGUGCAUACAUCUGCUGUUGUUUGUUUAUGUGCCAUCAACAGCAUCAGAGACGAGUGGGUAUAAACGUGAAGACAAUAGGGAGUUGAUAACUUGGUGGGGAAAACUGGAAAAGACAAAGAGAAAAGUAAAACUAGGGGCAGAGGGUAAGGGGAUGAAUAAGGAACGCAGGAGAUGGAAAAAGUGGGUUUGAUUUGUGAAGCUCAGAAGGUUCUUUGAAAGGGAUUGUUGGUGAGUUCUUUUCUUCAUAUACCCAGAAGAUUGGGUUUUCCUGGAGUAGGCUCUUGGUUAUGGGUUUUGGAAAUUUGAUCUGUUCAGAUUCUUGAAUUGGGUUCUGAGACUCUCCAACAAGGAACUCACAAUUUUCUUUUCUUUUUAUUCUUUUAUAUUUUCUUAUAGCGUUUAAAGCGUGUGGUCUUUUGAUUUCUUCAUAUUUGUUCUUCAUCCGCCCAUUGUUUUGCUCUUCAUAUGUGGUGUUGCCUUUUUUAACCACUCAAAUCUGCAAUUUUUUAAUGUAAAAGGUUCCUUAAAGGUGCUUUCUUGCUUUAACUUUUUUGCUUAUUCUUGUGAUUCCAUGGUCAAAACCCAAAUUUUGUCUUCCCUCCGCCCAUUUUUCAGGCUUUUCUUCCAUCUGGGUAUUUCACGUUUCGGGAUUUGAUUGCUGAUACGAUCUCGAUCUUGAUGUCUUCCUUCUGUACCAGGCACCUUAGUGGCUCCAGAGGAUUCUGGGACCAUAUAUAACCAUUUCUACAGACUUGCUGAUAUUUUAGCCAGCUUGAAGAAAAGAGGAGACCCAUUUUGUUCUUUCUGCCCAUUGGACUCAGAUUCUUUAUUCUACAAAAAUCUUUCCCAAUACUUGUGAGUGGUUUAAAGGGAUGCAUGUCUUUAGUUAGAUAUCAGAUCCAUUGCUACUUCAUACAGCGAAGAUAAACUCUACAAACUCGAAGGCAGAAGCAAUAACUCCAGUUUAUACCCUCAAACAUUUAGUUCAGCCAAGCAAAAGUUCAAGUAGAACCCAGUUCCUAUAGCUGUGAGAGUUAUAACCAAUCAAACUUCACCAGCUCUCCUAGAGAAGAAUUUCUUGCUUCACAGAUGGAGUUUCUCCGUCCUGCUAAGUCUGCCAUUCCAGGAGCUAUGUUCCGUCCUCAAGGUGGCUCUUCUUACCAGCUUAUGACCACAUCAAGUUCUUCUGUCAGUACACAGAACUCAUUUAAUUCCUCUUUCACAUCCAUGAGACAUCCUGUUGCCUAUCAAUCUCAUUCUUUGUCAGAAUACUUAGAUGAGCAGAGCCCAGACAAUGGAACACUAGAUUAUGAUGAUGAUAAUGAGGUUAGGUUAAAGCUCCAAGAACUGGAAAGAACACUCCUCAAUGAUAAUGAUGCUGAUGAUUAUGUGUUUGGUAUGGACCAAAACAUGGAUAUUGAUUGUGAGUGGAUUGAAUCUAUCAAGAAUCUCGUACUCCCCAAUUCACCAAAGGAAUCUUCAUCCUCAGACUCUAAUAUCAGUAGCUCCAGCAGCAGCAAGUUGACACCAGAGACCCCUACGAUACCUCCUGUUUCCACCCCACACUCUUCUAGAAUCCUAACCCCUAAACAGUUGCUUUUUGACUGUGCUGCUUCAAUUUCAGAAGGCAACAUGGAGGAAGCAUCAUCUAUGAUAACUGAGCUUCGGCAGAUGGUCUCAAUUCAAGGAGAUCCUCCCCAGAGGAUAGCAGCAUAUAUGGUAGAAGGGCUUGCAGCCCGGAUGGCUGCAUCAGGAAAAGGAUUAUAUAAGGCUCUGAAAUGCAAGGAACCACCCUCUUCUGAUCGGCUUUCAGCCAUGCAAGUCCUCUUUGAAGUCUGCCCCUAUUUUAAGUUUGGGGUCAUGGCAGCCAAUGCCGCAAUAGCAGAAGCUGUCAAGGAUGAAUCGAGGGUCCACAUUAUUGAUUUUGACAUAAACCAAGGAAGCCAGUACAUUCCACUGAUACAAGCUCUUGCUACUCGACAAGGCAAGCCACCACACAUUAAAAUAACUGCAGUAGAUGAUCCGGAGUCUAUACAACGCGCAGUUGGUGGCCUGAUGAUCAUUGGACAGAGGCUUGAGAAUCUUGCAGAGGCUCUUGGAAUGCCUUUUGAAUUCCAAGCAUUAGCAUCCAAAAUUGCAGAUGUUACCCCAUCAAUGUUGAAUUGCCAGCCUAAUGAGGCAGUCAUUGUCAAUUUUGCCUUCCAACUCCACCACAUGCCUGAUGAGAGUGUAUCAACAGUAAACCAAAGGGAUCAGCUCCUUCGCAUGGUCAAGAGCUUGAAUCCAAAGCUAGUGACAGUGGUUGAACAAGAUAUGAAUGCCAACACUGCCCCAUUCUUUACAAGGUUUGUUGAGGCAUAUAACUACUACUCAGCUGUAUAUGAUUCACUUGAUGCAACACUUCCAAGGGAGAGCCCAGACAGGAUGAAUGUUGAAAGACAGUGCCUUGCACGAGACAUAGUCAACAUCGUGGCAUGCGAAGGCGAAGAGAGGGUAGAAAGAUAUGAGGUUGCAGGGAAAUGGAGGGCAAGGAUGAUGAUGACUGGCUUCACAUCAUGUCCUAUGAGCACUUCUGUCAAUGAGACAAUCCAAAAACUACUGAAGCAAUAUUGUGAUAGGUACUCAGUGAAGGAAGAGAAAGGGGCACUACUUUUUGGAUGGGAGGAAAAAUACUUGAUCGUGUCUUCUGCAUGGAGAUGACCGGUUUUGAUCAUUUUAGUUCAACUUCAUGAUGAGUUCAACCUUCCAACUUGUCUUCUCUAUGUUUGACUAUCCAAAUUCAAGAUGCCAUCUGAUUCCUGGAAGAUGCAUUAGACCUUUCAACUUUGAUGGCCGCGUCGCAAAGGAUAAGUCAAGACCCAAGUAGAAUGAAAUUCUGAGAUAGUUGGGAACUUUGGAAUUCAAAUUUCAAAUAUGGAUGGACAUAAGAGAGUGGCACCAUCUCCAUUCUCCAGCAUUAGAAAUUAUUCCAUACUGCCUCCAUCCGUGCAUGCAAUUAGAGCGCUCGAAUUUCUGGUCCUGGAUUUGUAACAUCGCUAGCUUCAGGAUACCACUGUGUUGAGUCUGUUGACUACGCGAAUUGCAGACCCUACAUAGUACGGCCAGCCGCCAGUGGACCUAACGUGCACCAACGCCACCAACCACUACCGACCAACUGAAGUCUGACCCAACAGUUGUAAAUAUGUAAUACUCGAUUUUAGCAAGAAAACUCAGUGCUUGAAAAUUAUUUCACUGCAUCAGACGGCCAUCCGCUCGAUUUCAGGAUCAAUUUGGUUCACAGUCGAAAUCUCUCAGAUUUACCUUCCCCCUUCACCUGUUUGGUUUAGACAGAAAUCGAUAUCAGAUUUCAUAAGAUUUGCAGUCUCAAAGAGAUUCUCAUUUGAUUUAGAUAAAAUUGCCUCUCAUCUCCCCUCACCUCAUUUGGUUUGGAGGGUUUUUAAGUCA